CAGCAGGCAGCAAUGGCAACACCGUCGACGUCAGAGACUUGGCGCAGAGGACGAUUGGAGGACCAGGCCAUCCGGGCAGCGUUUGAGCGCCUCGACACGGAUGGCAACGGCUCGCUCGACCGCAAGGAGUUUGCCGUCGGCAUGCGCUCGCUUGGCAUCCCAGUCACCGACAGGGCCGUCGAUGAGGUGUUCAACUCGGCCGAUGCAAACUCUGAUGGCGUCAUAUCGUAUGCAGAGUUUGUCGCCUUUGCCGCCCGUCGGACUGCUGCCAUGGCGGCCGUCUUUGACCAGCUCGACACCGAUGACUCUGGCGCGCUCGACGUUGCCGAGCUCCGCCGCGGUCUCGAGUCGCUCGGCCUCAAGGCCUCUGAUGCUGACAUCUCAGCCCUGCUCGAGCGCAUGGAUGCUAACCACGACGGUCGCAUUACCUUUGAUGAGUUCCGCGACUUUCUCAUGAUGCUGCCGGCCUCGAACGUCCGCGCCUGCUUUGAGUACUGGGCAAAGUCGGCGGCCAUCGACAUCGGCGAGUCGCUGAGCAUGCCCGACGACCUCGACGCGCUCCCGCGCCCGCCGUGGAAGACGCUGGUGGCGGGCGCGUGCGCGGGCGCGGUCUCGCGCACUGCUACUGCACCCGCUGACCGCAUCAAGGUCAUGCUGCAGGCUGGGUCCGCUGGCGGAGUCCCGCCCGGCGGCGGCAUCCGCGCCACCAUGACCGCCAUCUACGCCGAAGGCGGCCUUCGCGCGUACUGGCGCGGCAAUGGCGUCAACGUGCUCAAGGUAGGGCCCGAGACUGCCGCGCGCUUUUUCUUCUUUUCGCAGAUCAAGGCCCUCGUCGCUUCGGACCCGCGCAACAUCUCUGUGGCCGAGCGCUUUACCUCGGGCGCACUCGCCGGCGUCGCCUCCACUGUCGCCAUCUACCCCAUGGAAGUUGCCAAGACCCGGCUUGCCAUCUCCAAGCCGGGCUCGUACACCGGCAUCAUCGACUGCCUCGCCAAGACCUUCCGCGCCUCGGGCAUUUCUGGCGUCUACGCCGGCCUCGGCCCCUCGCUCGUCGGCGUCGUCCCCUACGUCGGCAUUGACUUUGUCACCUACUCGUACCUCAAGGAGCUCUACGCCACGCGGUUCCACGACUCGGAGCCCGGUGCGGCAGUCGUCCUCGCCUGCGGCAUGCUCUCGUCCACCGCCGGCCAGAUCGCAGCCUACCCCGCCCAAGUCACCCGCACACGUCUCCAGGCUCAGGGCAUGCCCGGCGUCGACGCAAAGUACUCGGGCAUGCUUGACUGCGGCCGCAAAAUCGCUGCCCGCCACGGUGUUACCGGUCUUUACCGCGGUCUGGGUGCCAAUCUGCUCAAGGGCACCCCAUCGGCUGCGCUCUCGUGGUUCGUAUACGAGCAAGUUGUCCGCCGCCUCGACGACAACUAGCUGCAGCGGCUGCGUGGGCGCUACCGGUGCGCCUGCGCUCCCGGGCCCCACGCCGGUGGCUGAUUUGCUGGUGGGCGCUUGUUCUGAAGCGAGUCCUGGUAACGAAACUCGUACGCGUUUGCCGUGAUGUAGCAGGCCGAGACGGCCGAGUUGUACAGAAAGCUGAUAACCUCGCUAGCAAACGAGUCGCCGUCGCCAAAGUCGGCAAAGAUA